UUGGCCGCUGCCAAGCGCUCGGGGAGUGGUCCCCCCCGAGCCGUUGGGCAUGAUGGUUGGCUCCGGAGGCGGGGUCGACCAGUGACGACGGGCGGAAGAAGCUCGCGCUGCGACCACAGGGUCUACUGGCGGAACGGUGUGUGGGACGGAGGUCGGCGGCUCUGUGGGGCGGAGCGGCGGGCGCUUCCCGAGGGCUUCGGGAAGGCGGCCUGGACCCCUGCGGGCCGUGAAAGGCCGUUCCUUGCCUCGCCUGCGCACCUCCUGCUCUUGCCCAGAGCGAGCCGAGCGCCGGCAACAUGUCGGCCUACUCCAAAAGUUACAACCCGUUCGAUGACGACGCGGAGGAUGAGAGCGCCCCGCCAACCCCGUGGAAGGACGCCCGCGACCUCGACGGGCCCCCCGCGCCCGCGGACAAACAGCAGUACCUGCGGCAGGAGGUGAUGCGCAGGGCCGAGGCCACGGCUGCCAGCACUAGCAGGUCCCUGUCCCUCAUGUAUGAGUCCGAGAAGGUCGGGGUCGCCUCUUCCGAGGAGCUCGUCCGUCAGCGAGGAGUCUUAGAACGCACAGAGAAGAUGGUGGACAAGAUGGAUCAAGAUUUAAAGACCAGCCAGAAGCACAUUAACAGCAUUAAGAGUGUGUUUGGGGGGUUCGUCAAUUACUUCAAACCUAAACCAGCAGAAACCCCACUCGAACAGAAUGGCACCCUCGGCCCCCAACCCAACAGCAGGUUGAAAGAAGCUAUAAGUACAAGUAAAGAACAGGAGGCACAGUACCAAGCCAGUCACCCAAACCUCAGGAAGCUGAAUGACUCAGACCCUGUCUCUGGAGGAGCCAGUUCUGCUGUGAGUACCGAGGCUUACCCGAAGAACCCACACCUUCGAGCCUAUCACCAGAAGAUUGACAACAACCUAGAUGAGCUGUCCAUGGGACUAGGCCGGCUGAAGGGCAUAGCCCUGGGGAUGCAGACGGAAAUUGAAGAGCAAGAUGACAUUAUUAGCCGCCUCACAACCAAAGUGGACAACUUAGAUGUCAAUAUAAAAAGCACAGAAAAAAAAGUUCGACAACUUUAAAGCCGGACAAGGAUUUCUACUCCAUUGUGAUGAAAAGAUUCGAAAGAUCUUCUUUUAAACUCCCAAGAAAUCUCAUUUAUUAUUUUAGUAUGUAAUUUAACAUGUCUGCAAAUGUUACGAUAGAGUGGGUUUUAAGCGAUUUUGUUGUUAUAAGGAAGUGUGCAUCCCACUGUUUCUGAGAGCCAGCCCCUCUUUCAGUUCUUUGAAAUUCUUUCAGCUCAGAAUUUUAGUCUGAGCACAGUAGCCUGCCCCUGAAUAUCCUAGGCCUUUGAUUAUUACCAUGCUGGAAAGAGAAGAAGAAAUUGCAUUUCUCACUUUAAUGAGCAUGUGGAAAGAUGGGGGCAGAAUUUCAAUCCCCGUUCGCUGUAUAUGUCAUUCCUAGGCCUUACGGUGAGUCAGCGUGCUAAGAGACCCUGUGAGCCAGUUGUUUGUGGGGGAGCGUCCUUCCUUUCCACACUUGUUUAAAUUAGUCAUGAUACCUCAUCGCCACACACACACACACACACACACACACACACACACACUGAGCACAUCGUGUUUCUCUCAACCUUCUAGAAAAGGAUCAGUGUGAGAUUCAAGAAUAGAGGAUGUCGGCAUUCUUUGCUGUUUUGUUGACAGAUGUCACCUCUUCUCCUGGCCUCCAUCCUUGGCGUGCAUUUUAGUAGAAGGGGUUCAGACCAGCCCUGCUCACUGUGAUGACUGGAAAUAGUAGGGAAUUGGGUGAGCCCUUCUUCCCCGUGCGCCCUCGUCUCUGACUCUCUAUCCAUGGUUAGUAGCAGAUGCUCCACUGGCUCAAGGCUGCCUGGCUGGCCAGUUGGGAGCCCUUAUUAUAGAGAGAAGAAUGGAGCAUCACACACACAUGGCCAAGCAGUAGUCUUCCUGCACUGAGCUGAGCCUUCUACCCUCUGGGCCUCUCCGUGACCAGGCCGCAGUUAUGGCAGUGUUCACUCGGGGCCCGUGUCUGCUCACCCACCCAGGGUGCCCGCGCAUUCUCCUUGCACGUCUUACAAGGUGACUUGACUCAGCGCUUGGUUCUCUGCCACCCAGCCUCAGGACUGGAACUCCACAAGUGAUGCUGACUGUAUAGAAGGAUUUGGCUAAAAGAGAAAGGCCAAAUAUCAUCAUUUUAACUGGCCCCGUUCUUUAAUUUCACAGAAAGAAUCACUUAAAAGCAUUCAUUACAAUUGAUUUCCAUAGUUAAAUGGAUUUCUGUGUAUUGGGACCUCCAACAAAAUAAUUGAAGACGUAAGACCCUUGUCUUUUAAAAAAGCAAAUUAAUGAAAAGAUUUUGAAGAUGGUGAAAGGGACUGAUUUUAAUACAACAGGUCAGAAACUUGAACAUAACAGUGUCUUUCACCUUGAACAUGGCACUGACUGUGUGAACUUCACUUCCAUUCUGUAGCCUGUAAACAAAAGUCCCUUAAAGCAAAGAAAACUUCUUUAGAGUGCUGCAGCAAAGCAUCCGUAUUUAUGUAACAAUUCAUUUGUAAAAGUUCCAUCCCAUAAUACAUGAGCUUCCUAAAAAUCCUGACAGCUUCCAUCGGCAGACGCUUUCUGUCAAGUUGCAGCCACCUCAGGGGGUCCGAUCCACAUCAUGGUGACUAUCCCAGGAUGUCAUAGGUAAUCAAAUUAGAUAAUUUGUUUAUCAGAUGAGCUCAUCGUGAUUAUUCUCUUCAUAACCGGUAAAAGGAAAAAUUUUAAACAUAUACCCACCCCAAUGUAAACAAAUUCACAGGACUUUCAGCAAAAAGGCUGCUCAGAAAGCAUGAAGCCACAGGGCAGAGCAGCCGGUGUGUACAUUUCCACUCAUUCUAAUUGUUUUUUCCUCUCUAACACUUUCCUCCCAGCAGAGUAUGUCAUGAUAACUCUGCUUAUCAGCAUCAGGCCUGUAUAGACUCAUGGGGAUUAGUAAUUAUACCUCCGACCCAAACUUUUUUUUCUUCAAAUAGAUACUGGGAAGGCCACUCACUACCAAACAUUCUCUUCAGCAGCCUUCCACUAACAUAACGGGAUUAGUGAUUUAACUGACUUGAAGCAAAAUAGCACCUUAUUUUAUGCACCUUCACUAUCUUGUUGAAUUGAUGAGUCAGUCACCUCCCCCAAUCUUUUCUUAACCCCAACUGUAUGGAAGGAAAGUUACCUUCACUUUCUUAGAAAUUUGUCUUCCUCUGACAUAUUAGAAGGCCUUAUCUCUUAUUUUGUUCUUGUUCAGACGCUAGCCAGCAGUUUUCUUUCUACUGGGUCUUUAAUCGUGCUCCUACACCCACCAAGGACCAUUUACUGGUUCUAUUUUAUAAAGCAAAGUUGCUUGCAUUUUCAGAGAACAAAGAAAGAUCUGAGGAGCCACCAGAAUCUUCCCACAUGAUGGUGAUGAUCAAAACCAAAACAUUCUACCCCCUAGACUAGACACCUCUCCUGGAGAUACUCAGAGGUGCCCAGGCUGGACUUGGCUGUGGGAUGGGCUUUGGUAGGACAGACAAGACCAGCAAGCUCGUCCUUCGCCAUUAGGGCCCAUAAAACAGAUUUUUAUUUUCACAGUCGAGGUGGAAACAAUCUGUGCCUUCAAAAAAGUGGCUUUUCUAAACUUUAGGUCGGUUAUAUAUGAAGUGUGUUACUACCUUAAAAAUAAGUGCAUUCUCCACCAGAGGAAACUAUUUCUGACAUCUAAUGAUUUGUAACAUAGCAGUGGGGUUACCUCGUGGAUGUCUUCUUUUGCAUUCUGUAAAAAAGGAGACCUGAGUUUAACUCAGGCGGCAAGAAAAAAAAGAUACAUACUCGUAAGUGCAUUGUAAUUUCUCUAACUUUGUGAAUAUGUAAUUUUAAGUGUACACUACUGAUUUAAUAAAAAUCUUAUACUUUGCCUAUGUAGGCCUUUUCUGCAGAAUUUUUAAAGUUACCAAUGUUGUUGAUCAUCUUCAGUGCUGAUGAGUGAAAUGUCUUGUGUAUGGAAUGAUCUAGUUAUUUUAAGUGCUUGUGGGAGGGUGGGCUUUUUGUUCAGAGUCUGUAUCAGAACAGCUAUGAUGCUCCAUGCCUUCAAUUCAACAACCGUAUUCCAUAAAAUAAAAUGUGAAGUUUUUAAUC